CAACAACUGGGUUUGAAAUUUGAAGAUUCUGGAUUACUGGUUGAGGUUGAAGCAGGAUGGCGAUGGAGGGAGUGCAAAACAAUCCAAUUCAGCUGUCCAGUGACUCCGAAGAUGAUGAGAUUGAGGUUAUUGCCUGGGAUGUCCCCCUGACUAGGCAUAAGGCAUCAGGAAAGCAAGCUUUGGGCAUUCCAGCAAGGGUGGUUAGAGCUUGUCUCAUGCAGAGGCCACAUAUUGUCUCAGUUGAGAUCGAUGGUGAUUACGAGCGUCUGGAGGACUGGGAUUUGUUGUGGACUCAUGACAGGACAACACAGUGCAUGUUUGGCCAUGGAUGGUACAAGUAUGUUGUGGAGAAACAACUACGUGAGGGUGACGAAGUCAGCUUUGUGAAACAUCCACAUUUGCUCCAGUUUCUUGUUACCAUUACCCGACGAGAAGAAUUGGGACUCUGAAGAUGUUUCAGGGCAUGAGUCCUUUAAGUUCAUCUUGUCUUUCCUUUUUUUUUUUUCAUGUAACCAUGUAAGCUAAGGUCAUGUAGUGUUGUCACAGGGGCGAAGGCACCGGGGUGGCUCACCGGUGCCGCCGCGCCCCCCACAUUUUACAUUUUCAUCCUAAAAUAUGUAUAUUUUUCA